AUGGCAUCGCUCGAUUUUUUGGACGAUGUGCAGUGGAUGAACAAGCGGCAGCUCUAUUAUCUAGUCUUAAAUUUUGGAAAGAUUGUCUCCUCGGCACUAAUGCUCCGGAAGGGGUUAACGGUUAGAACCGGAAGUGAAAGUCCAGCUGUGGUGUUGCUCAGCGGCAGCAUGGAACGUGCAUUCCAUAGAGGAGCUUUUCUCUUUCUAGCAAAUCGAGUUGAAGAUCAUCCCGUAGGAGUGGAAGAAAUUGUUGUUUUUAGCAUAGAAGGAAGAGAGGUUCCUAUAGUUCACCGAGUCUUGAAGAUUCAUGAAAAGCAAAAUGGACCGAGGGGAUUUGUUCCUUACGCUGGGAUUGUGACGAUCCUCAUGAAUGACAAUCCUAAAUUUCAGUGUGCAGUACUCUUUGCUGGUCCAUUGUGA